AUGGAGAGCAGGGGCUUCAUCGGGAAGAGGGCCACCAGCGGGUCCAUCAAACGGUCCUCCAUCAAGCGCAGCACAUCUUCGGGGUCACAGAAGGUUCACAGAGUGUGGAUUGAAAGAACAUUCCAGAAGAGGGAAUGCAUUCAGAUUAUACCCAGCAAAGACGCAAGCAGGUGCUGCUGCGGUCAGCUAGUGAACCAACAUGUGGCCAUCCUUCCUGGACCCGCAGCCAAAGAGGAGGGCAGCCUGGUGGUUCAGGUGGACACUAUCCAGGAACGCUGGUCUGUUCCCAAACACACCCAGGCUACUCCCACAGACGCCUACGGCAUCAUCGAGUUUCAGGGAGGCGGCCAUGCAAACAAAGCCAUGUACAUCCGGGUAUCUUACGACUCCAAGCCAGACAACCUGCUCCAUCUGAUGGUUAAAGACUGGCAGCUGGAGCUCCCCACAUUGCUCAUCUCGGUCCACGGAGGCUUGCAAAACUUUGACCUGCAGCCCAAACUCAAGCAAGUGUUUGGGAAGGGCCUGAUCAAAGCUGCCGUCACCACCGGGGCCUGGAUCUUCACUGGUGGAGUCAGCACCGGCGUGAUCCGCCAUGUUGGGGAUGCACUGAAAGAUCACUCCUCAAAGUCCAGAGGGAAGGUCUGCGCCAUCGGAAUUGCACCGUGGGGAAUUGUGGAGAACAAAGAAGAUCUCAUUGGGAGAGAUGUGACGAGGCCAUAUCAGACCAUGUCCAACCCUCUCAGUAAGCUGUCAGUUCUAAACAACAGCCACUCUCACUUCAUCCUUGCCGACAAUGGGACUUCUGGGAAGUAUGGCGCUGAAGUGAGGCUGCGACGGCAGCUGGAGAAACACAUUUCCCUUCAGAAGAUAAACACACGUCUGGGUCAGGGGGUGCCUCUGGUGUGUCUGAUUCUGGAGGGAGGACCCAAUGUGAUCUCCAUUGUUCUGGAGAGCCUGAGGGAGGAACCACCAGUCCCUGUCGUGGUCUGUGACGGCAGCGGGCGAGCAUCUGACAUAAUUUCCUUUGCCCACAGAUACUGUGAGGAAGACGGGUUGGUCAGUGAAAGCGUCAGAGAUCAGCUCCUGGUCACGAUCCAGAAAACCUUCAGCUACAGCCGCAGUCAGGCGCAACAGAUCUUCCUCAUGAUAAUGGAAUGCAUGAAGAAGAGAGCACUGAUUACAGUGUUUCGCAUGGGUUCAGAAGGACAGCAGGACAUUGAAAUGUCAAUACUUACCGCUUUACUGAAAGGUACAAAUGCCUCAGCCUCUGACCAGCUGAGUCUGGCCCUGGCCUGGAACAGGGUGGAUAUUGCACGCAGUCAGAUCUUUGUGUAUGGACACCACUGGCCUCCUGUAAGCGCCCUGCCCACUGACCGUCCAAAAAGUCCAUCGGCUGCCCCCCGUGCCGUGCCCGGGGGUGGGGGUGGGGGAGGGGGUGGAGGUGGAGGGGUGGGGAAAGGGAAGGCCCGGGGCAAGAAAGGCAAAGGUGGAAAACCCAAACCGGAGCCUCCUGAGGAGACUGACCCCAGGAAGUUAGAGCUGCUAAACUGGGUUAAUUCCCUGGAGCAGGCCAUGAUGGAUGCCCUGGUGAUGGACAGGGUGGACUUUGUCAAACUGCUGAUUGAGAAUGGGGUCAACAUCCACCAUUUCCUCACUAUUCCUCGCUUGGAGGAGCUAUACAACACGAGGCUGGGACCAGCCAAUACAUUGCAUUUCGUCGUCAGAGACGUGAAAAAGGGAAAUCUUCCACCAGAUUACCAGAUAACCUUGAUUGAUAUUGGCCUGGUUUUGGAGUUCCUAAUGGGAGGAGCGUACCGCUGCAAGUACACCAGGAAGAGCUUCAGAUCACUGUACAACAAUCUCUAUGGCUUGAAAAGGCCAAAAGCACUGAAACUGCUUGGAAUGGAGGACGAUGAACCCCGAACAAAAGGGAAAGGCAAAAAAAACAAGAAAAAGGAGGAAGAGAUUGAUAUCGACGUUGAUGACCCUGAGGUCAGCAGGUUCCAGUAUCCCUUCCAUGAGCUGAUGGUGUGGGCAGUACUGAUGAAACGCCAGAAGAUGGCGCUGUUCCUAUGGCAGCGGGGUGAGGAGGCUAUGGCCAAGGCUCUGGUUGCCUGCAAGCUCUACAAGGCCAUGGCCCACGAGUCCUCACAGAGUGAAAUGGUGGAUGACAUUUAUCAGGACCUGGAGAACAACUCCAGGGAGUUUGGCCAACUGGCCUAUGAGCUCUUGGACCAGUCCUACAAGCAUGACGAGCAGGUGGCCAUGAAGCUGCUGACAUACGAACUGAAGAACUGGAGUAACUCCACCUGUCUGAAACUAGCCGUGGCCGCCAAGCACAGAGACUUCAUCGCCCACACCUGCAGCCAAAUGCUGCUGACUGACAUGUGGAUGGGCUGUCUAAGGAUGGGGAAGAGCAAUGGUCUUAAGGUGAUUUUAGGCAUAGUUUUUCCACCUUCAAUCCUCCUACUAGAUUUUCGAAUUGGAGACGAAGCAUCAUAUCAUUCUUCCAAGGAGAAGGAUGAGAGCAAACAGAAGGAAGACGACAACAAAUCUGCCAAGGACGGUGUCUCUAAUGUCGAUGCUAUGUCUAAGAAGGGUGAUGAUGAGGAGAACCACAAGAAACAGAGAAGGAUUCCAAUUGGGAGGAAGAUCUACGAGUUCUACAACGCCCCUUUCACCAAGUUUUGGUUCAACACGAUUUCCUAUCUUGUGUACCUGAUGCUGUACAACUACAUCAUCCUGGUCAAAAUGGAGCGUUGGCCGUCCCUGCAGGAGUGGAUCGUAAUCUCUUAUAUCAUCACUCUGGGACUGGAGAAAGUCAGACAGAUCCUGAUGUCUGAGCCGGGGAAGCUGAAACAGAAGAUCAACGUGUGGCUGGAGGAGUACUGGAACAUCACAGAUCUGGUUGCCAUCUCAGUGUUCUUGAUUGGCCUCCUGCUUAGGCUACAGAGUGAGCCCUACAUGGGUUAUGGACGAGUCAUCUACUGCGUAGACAUCAUCUUCUGGUACAUCCGGGUCCUGGACAUUUUCGGUGUCAACAAGUACCUUGGACCCUACGUCAUGAUGAUUGGCAAAAUGAUGAUCGACAUGCUAUACUUUGUGGUGAUAAUGCUGGUGGUGUUGAUGAGCUUUGGCGUGGCCCGACAGGCCAUCCUGCACCCAGACGAGGAGCCAACAUGGCGCCUGGCCCGGAACAUCUUCUACAUGCCCUACUGGAUGAUCUAUGGAGAGGUGUUUGCGGACUCGAUAGACCUCUAUGCAAUGGAAAUCAAUCCACCAUGUGGUGAUAACAUGUACGAUGAGGAUGGCAAGAAACUUCCGCCCUGUAUCCCUGGUGCUUGGCUCACCCCAGCCAUCAUGGCCUGUUACCUACUUGUUGCAAACAUUCUGCUUGUCAACUUACUAAUUGCUGUCUUCAACAAUACCUUCUUUGAGGUGAAAUCCAUCUCCAAUCAGGUGUGGAAAUUUCAACGGUACCAGCUUAUUAUGACUUUUCACGACCGUCCCAUUCUCCCUCCACCGCUCAUCAUCUUCCCUCACAUCUACAUCGUCCUCAAGCGCCUCUGCUGUCGCUGCAAACGGAAGCAAGAGGGCGAACAGGACGACCGAGAGCGAGGCCUACAAUUGGUGCUGAAUGCAGAAGAGCUAAAGAGUCUGUAUGAGUUUGAGGAGCAGUGUGUGGAUGAAUAUUUCCGUGAGAAAGAGGAUGAGGAGCAGUCAUCUAAUAAUGAGCGCAUUAGGGUAACAUCUGAAAGGGUGGAGAACAUGUCCAUGCGCCUAGAGGAGGUGAAUGAGAGGGAGCAUUCCAUGAAGGCCUCCCUGCAGACGGUCGACCUCCGCCUCGCCCAGCUUGAGGAGUUCUCGGGACGGAUGAUGAAUGCCCUUGAAAAGCUUGCAGGCAUCGAUCGCACUGAGCUGCUCAGAACGCACUCUCGAGGCUCUUCCAUCUGCGAAGUGUCCACCUUACUCCGCCACAGCAGCAUCAACAGUGCUGAUGGCUAUAGCCUCUACCGUUAUCACCUAGACAAUGACGAACGACCGUGUGUGUCUGGAGACGCAGAGGCCAUGGAGAAGAGAGUGCAGCCGAGCCCUGCUGAGAGACAGGACAGCACGAGCGAGGGGGUUCCUGCAUCAGGUGAUGGAAACACCAAUGUCAAGAACAACAGGACAACCUUGGAGAUGACGGGUGACAGGGACAGGACUCGUUCUAACUCCUGUGUUGAUAUUCUGAUAUCUCCCUGUGAUAUGGAAGAGAGUCCUCCGGAUACCUCUCUGAGUCCUGCUAAAGAGGUGCUACUGAACAACAACCCCAGCGAUGCUACGACAGGCAUGGCAGAGGAGAAAACAGUGACAAAGAGCCAACUAGAGGCAGCCAUUUCCUACCCCCUGACAAGACCAAAGGUCAUGCAAUAUUUACCAUCACCAACUAUCAGCACUUCCCCAUCCUUGAACCAGAGGUCUAUGAGCAGUAUCGUAUACACUCCUGACAACGGAGGAGAGGAAGCCAACUGGGCAACAGAUGCAACCUCUGCUGACACUGAGCAAGGGACAAAGUCUCCGACCAUGUCUCGGUGGGCAACCCGCUCUGAGUACAAAGUCCACCCUUCCCCCUUUGGUCACAUGCCCAAAAUGUCAAUGGUGAUGUCCAGUGAGGAUUUGCAGUCCAAUGAACCUAAACAGGAAUUUGAAGGAAAAACCCUACAGCUACUUGCUGGGGAAAAGGAGGUACUAAAGUCAGGCAACACACAGGCUAAUUGGUGUGAGGAGGAGUCAGAAGACACUGAACACUUGCUGGAGGCGGAGGACAGAAUAUAUCCAGCUCUCAGGUCUAAGAGCCUGAACAUCAAUCCUCGGAAGGGGAAGAUAAAGAAGGAAUAUCCAGAAAAACCCUGUGCAGCGAGUAGUGUAAAAGACCUGGUGUCAGCAUUUGGUGGCCCUGGGGACAAGACAGAAAUAAUGUCAAGGACAGGCUCCAAAGACAACUCUAGCUGUUAA